GUGGAACUUUUCAGAACGCGGCCGCGGGAAAACGAGAAACAUAGACAAAACAGAUCUGACAUCUUUGAACCAUAGGUUAAGAAGUUUUUAGAAGAUCUGAAUAACACAGUAUUACUUGCAUGAACUCAAGGGUCCUGUGCAGCAAAAGUAUUGGUUUCAUACUUUCCUGAAAUGCCUUGUGAAAUCAUAACCCUUCAGCUUGGCCAGUGUGGAAAUCAGAUUGGGUUUGAAUUCUGGAAACGAUUAUGUGCGGAACAUGGCAUUAGUUCAGAAGGCAUUUUGGAGGAUUUUGCCACAGAAGGGACAGACCGCAAAGAUGUGUUCUUUUACCAGGCUGACGAUGAACACUAUAUUCCUCGAGCUGUGCUCCUUGAUCUGGAACCUCGUGUCAUUCAUACCAUUAUGAAUUCUCCGUAUGCAAAGCUUUACAAUUCAGAGAACAUCUAUCUUGCCAAGCAUGGAGGUGGUGCAGGUAAUAACUGGGCAUCAGGUCAUUCUCAAGGAGAGAGAUUGCAGGAUGAGAUUUUUGACAUUAUUGACAGAGAGGCUGAGGGCAGCGACAGUUUAGAGGGUUUUGUACUGUGUCACUCAAUUGCUGGAGGUACUGGUUCAGGUCUCGGUUCGUACCUUCUUGAGCGACUAACUGAUCGAUUUCCUAAGAAAUUGGUUCAAACCUAUAGUGUUUUUCCAAAUCAGGAAGAAAUAAGUGACGUAGUUGUUCAGCCUUACAACUCUCUUCUUACUUUGAAGCGCCUAACUCAGAGUGCGGACUGUGUUGUUGUUUUAGACAAUACUGCCUUGAACAGAAUAGCAACAGAUCGUCUCCACAUUCAGAAUCCAUCUUUUGCCCACAUAAAUACUCUAGUUUCCACUAUCAUGUCAGUGAGCACAACAACAUUAAGGUAUCCCUCUUACAUGAACAAUGAUCUGAUUGGCUUAAUUGCUCCUCUCAUACCAACACCACGAUUGCAUUUCCUAAUGACUGGAUAUACACCACUCACAACUGAUCCAGAAGCUACAUCUGUCCGCAAAACUACUGUUUUGGAUGUGAUGCGAAGGCUUCUGCAGCCUAAAAAUAUGAUGGUUUCUACAGCCAUUGACAGAAAUGCUGCCCAUUGUUAUAUUUCUAUCUUGAAUAUUAUCCAAGGUGAAGUUGAUCCUACUCAAGUCCACAAGUCCCUUCAACGUAUAAGGGAGCGAAAGCUGGUUCAGUUUAUUCCAUGGGGACCAGCUAGUAUCCAAGUGGCUCUCUCACGAAAGUCUCCAUAUGUACAGACAGCCCACAGGGUUUCAGGAUUAAUGUUGGCCAACCACACAAACAUUUCUUCGCUGUUUGAGAGAGUGCUUCAGCAAUAUGAUAAACUUCGUAAGCGGGAAGCAUUUUUGGAACAAUUCCGUAAAGAAAAAAUGUUUGAAGAUAACUUGGAUGAACUUGAUAAUUCUCGAGAAGUUGUUCAAGAACUUGUAGAUGAGUAUAAAGCAGCAGCUCGCCCUGACUAUUUAACUUGGGGUAAUCGACAAGUUUAGUCUAUCCACAGAACUUCUUUGCUUGUUGUAAAUGUGAAUCUGCUCUCUUCCAUAAGCUUUACUUAAGCUUUUAUUGUAGUUUCAAGUAACUGAUGUGUCAUACUAGUUAAGGUAGUCAAGGUACAGUUCUAAUUGUAAUCUGUUAGUUUUUAUAGUUUUCAAAUUCAAUUGCUCCAGUACUCUUGCCAUGUUUUUUUGUUUUACUGGGGUUUUGUACACUGUACAUGUUAAGAUUGUUUGAAAGUGAAAUAGUGUAUCCAUGAAGUUAGUUUUAAAUAAUUCAAAGCACUUAACUGAUAGUUUUAAUGUUUUAAUUAAUUAAUAUUUAUUUGAAAAAUAUUGUCAUUUGCCAUAAUUUCAAAGUUAUUUAAACUUCGCAAAUGUUUGCACAUCACAGUCGUCUUGCCUUAAACACAUGUGUUGCUGCUCUGUGUAUUAUUGUAUGUCUUCUUGCAAGUUCAUCCAAAAUUUUAUCAUAACCCCCACCAAUUACAGCAGCACAAGGGAUGCCGUUUUUUAGAACUAGUUCUAAAACAUAGCGAUCUCUCUUCAUUAGACCUGCAAAGUUUUUUGGUACCCUAAACUGUCAGCUGCAUGAGGGUCCACUCCAGCAUCAUAGAGAACCAGGUCAGGUUGAAAUGAUUUCAGCACAAAUGGCAGGUGUUCCUGUAAAAUACAUUGCAACCAUUACCAAGAUCUCUGGGAAAAUAUCCGUUAGAUUCUUAUGUGUCUGCCUGAUUUCAUAGCUGUUUACUUGCAAAAGUUUCAUGUAUUCAAGGUCUCCAUCUCCUUUGUUUAAGUUGACGUCCAGAUCUGAUUGCUGUUUUCUAAAAGGAAAAUUCUGUUGGCAGUGCAUUGAAAAUGUGUAGACAUUGUCAUUGUUUUUGAAAAUGAAUGCUGUUCCAUCGCCCUUUUGAAAAAAAGAAAGUUAAAGGAGAGAAAUUAUUUUCAAAUAUUUUAAAGAAAGCAUUGAAAGACAAACUACUUAGAUUCAAUUUUUGACAAACCUGAUGCACAUCCAAAUCAACAAUCAGAACUCUACUUAUUUUUCCAGAAUCUAUGAGUGUUUGAGCAGUUACAGCAAGGUCGUUUAUUAAGCAAAAUCCAGAACCAUGAUCAGGAAAUGCAUGAUGUGUACCUCCAGCAGUGCUACAGGCUAAUCCUCUCGCAAGUGCAAUUUCAGCUGCAAGUAAGGUUCCACCUAAAGAUGUUAAAAAAAUUCAGCUGCAGUAAUGUUUGUUAAAUAAUUAACUAAGGAAGAUAUUUUAUUACUCUAACUACCUGUUUCAUACCUGACCCUACUUGCUAGGCCUGGUGUCCAUUCAAAUCCAGUCACUCUUUGUUCUUCUCCUGUAGUUUUACCAUUGAAAAACUUAUCAACAUACUCAGCUGUGUGCACACUUUGAGCACUACUUGCUGAUAUUUUCUCUGGUUCAACUACCUAUUGAACAGAACAGAAAUACGUGCAGGUCAAUCUUUUUGUUAGUUUAAUCAAUAUGUUAAGGAUAUCCUUUUUCUUUAUACUGUGGAAAUACCUGUUUUUUCUUGUCAAUGAUUCCAUCACUCUCUAAAAAAUGAAGAACUCAAUGAAAUUUUUGCAUUGGGAACCUGUGAUCCUCUGGAAGCGGACAGACAUAUUCCUUAUGAUGUAUAAUAGGGAGACCAUGCAGCCGUUGAAGUUGUUGCUCUUGUGCUUCUGUUAACUCUGACUGGAAAAAGGAAAAGGUGUUGGACUAACCCUUUGCUUGUUGAUAAAAGAUGAUUAGAACUUUGCCCUUAAUUUGGCAUUUGGAGGUUAGUCAACAAACGUGGAAAGGAGGGACAGUAACAUUUUCUCACUGUAAAUUUCGUUCGUUUGAUGAGGUUGGCGUCUACUGUUUUCCUCAGCCCGCCCAAACCGCGCCAGCUUCUAAACAGCGUCAUUGUUUGUUAUUACGUGAUGAGUUUAAAUCAUUCGCGGAGACAUGUAAACAUUGAAUGAAGACGGUGUAGCAGACGACAGAGGAGUCCGUUCCACACUUAACGACUGAAAUAUAUUCAGUUUCUGCACACAAUGCCAAGUAAAUGAGUUGGCUUGGUGAUUUCAAAAUGUUUUCUUCCCCUUGUUUGAAUUUGCAACAAUUUGCAUGCAGUAUCAUGUCUUGAAGUCAAAAUUAAUGCGAAAAUAAAUGUCAAAUCGACCAGCA